AUGGCGGAAUUCAGUGACUUCUAUAGUUGAACCAGUGUUAGCCAUCUUAUUGUAAUUAAGUCAAUGGAUGAGAAAGCGAUUAGUAGGCAUGAGUGUGAGAUAACCUCGGUAGCAAAUAAUACAAUAUUUUUAAUUAUGAUAAUGUAAAUACUUGUGCUAGAAUAAAAAAAGGAUUUCACUUAUUAGUAUCCAUGUCACACGUCAACAUGAAUUUAAGUAAAAGCGAGAAACUGUUAGCUGCUAAAAAAAAAGUAUGAUGUUUUAAACUGAUAGCUACGCAAAUAUUUCUAAAUACUUGAUUUUCGUAGAAAAAUUAAUACAUGAUAUUGUAAAACUUCGUACGUUUUAGUAAUAAUUUAAUCAUCUGUCUCUAUAUUUUUAUCUCUUUAAAUACUUAGGUUAUGUCGAGUAUCAAAUGCUGUUGUAUUUACGUUUUAAUUUAGUCAUUAUCACUAGUCAUGUGUCUGAUAAAGCUUUUUUUUUUGUUAGCUCAGGGAAUUUCAAUUAAGUAAAAUGCAAAAUAAUCAGGAUGCUUCUACGAAACAAAAACAUCAGUCUGUCAGUUUAUUACCUCAACAAGUGAGUCAAAUUUAUACAUUAUUUCUUUUGGCAUCCUUUUGACAGUCGUAUUUCUCAUUAUAAUCUUUUAAAUCAAUUUCUAAAAUUUGCAGUACCAAAAUGUAAAAACUGAUACAUCACAUUUAGAAGUUAUGACUAAUGCAUCUGCAGCAGAAAUUCCAGAAAAUGAUACAUUUGCAGUUCAAGAAUUUGAAAAAAAUGAAGUGUCAUCCGUUAAUUUAGUAACAACUUCAGAAAAUGCUAUAAAUCAUGAUAAAGUGCAUUAUUCUGUGGAGGAGAUUACUAAUACAAAAACUAUACAAGAAAUGAACAUACCAGAAAUGGAAAAGAAAAUGGAUUUAAAUGAUUUUCCAAAGGUGCAAAAAGAACAUCUUUUAAAGAUGGCUUCUGCAGUUGCAGAUGUUUUAACGAAUGAAUCAGAAUAUGCAGAAACAUCCCUUGAUUCUGACUUAAUAUGUCAGAAUCAAUUUUUAAGUUCCUAUUUAGAAGAGCAAAAAAAAAUUGUUAAUGAAUUGCACAUAGAACUUAGUAAUGCUCGUAACAAGAUUUCAGAGUUAGAAACCAAAUUAGAGGGAAAGGAAACAGAAUUUCAGGUACAAUUGGCACGAGAAGUAAAUCCUUUAAAAGAGCAACUUCAAGUUCACGCCCAGACUACCGGUAUUCUAAUAGCAGAAAAAGCAGAACUUACUGCUGCUCUUAAUCAAGCUCAGCAAAGUGUUAGACAGACUUCAGAGGAAACUGAAGAAAUGACCAAAAAAUUAAAAAAUUCACAAUUUCGCAUAGCUGAAUUAGAGAAAGAAAUGUCCACAAUAAAAAAUAAUAAUGAAGAAUUAAGAAAAAACAUUCAUCAAAUACAAAGUGACUAUGAAUCUGUCAAUAAUAAAAUUUUUGAAUUGAGGAAAGAAAAAGAAGAUUUGAACUUGGAGGCAUCAGAAUUAAAGCAAAAACUGAAUUUGAAAAAAACAGAAUUAAUAGCUAUGCAACAAGAACUUCAAGAAAAGACAGCAUUGCUUUCAUUAAGUGAACUUCGAAUACAGCAGAUGAAAGUUGCUACAACAACGGAAGAGGAAAAGCAUGCAGUAAAUCUUUUAGAGCAAGAAUUGGUACAAACUAAAGAAUCUCUGAGAAUUGUUAGUACUGAAAAGGAUGAAGCUAAUAAGCAGUACCAGAAUUAUGUUAAACAAUUAGAUGCUCAGCAGGCAAAAUUAUCAGAAGAGAUAAAAACACAAAAAAAAAUUAUAGAAGAUGCACAACAAAGAGAAGAAAGUUAUAUGCAAAGAAUUUCAGAACUUGAGCGACAGUUACAACAAGAAACAGAAAAAGUAGAGAAUCUAUCGUCUUUGCAAGAUCGUAAAAAUAAAAUAGAUGAAACAGAUCAACUGAAAAAUAUGGAACUUGUAGAACUUACAUUAGAACAAGAAAGACUUCAUAUUGAACUAUCUGAAAAAGAUUCACAAAUUGAAAUGUUAACAAAAAAUUUGAACGAUUUACGAGAUGCGAAUAAUCAGCAAGCAGAAGUAACAAAACUAGUCACUGCUCUCGAAAGUGAACAGUUAGGAGCAUCUAGAGCAGUUCAGCAAAAUAGACAAUUAAAGGAACAACUGACAGAUAUGGAAAAUGCUUUUGUUUCUUUGAGUAAUGCUAAAUUGGAUUUAACUGAACAACUUCAAGCAGAGCGUUCUAUAGGAAGAAAAUUAAAUGCUCAAUUAAAUAAUGUAGAAAAUGAGUUGGAACAACUGAAAGAAAAAUUAAGAGAAAAAGAAUCUAUUCUUGAAGAAGUUGAGAGAGAAAGACUUCAGAAUGCUCAAAUAGUAGAUCAAAUACAACAUUAUCAAGUACAGUCACAUCACGCAGAUACUUUCCAACGAGAACUUCAACAUGCUCUAGCUACUAUAGAAAGAUUAGAAAAGGAAAAACAAAUUCUUACGGAAGAACUGAAAGAAAAAAGUGCAGAAGUUGAUCAAUAUUCUAUGAAUACUAAUAAUAAUGUAUCAAAUUUGGAAAGAAAUGUACAAAUAGAAAUGUCAAACGAAAAUAAUGUUACCAUUUCUGAACCUAUAAAAAAACUUGAACAAAGAUUUAAAGAAACAAUGGAACGAGUUGCUGAGCUUACAGAAGAAAAACAGAAACUUGAGCAUCUUGUUUUACAGCUUCAAAGUGAGACCGAGACAAUAGGAGAAUAUAUAACAUUAUAUCAAAAGCAAAGAGCAGUUUUGCAAAAUAGAGCAAUAGAAAGAGAACAAGUAUUUCGACAAUUACUUGAACAGAGAAAUCAGCAACAAGAGCAAUUACAUAAAUUAAAAGUUUUGGUUAGUGACUUUCUUAGUAAGGAAUAUAUACAUUCCAAUGGGACAGAAUGUCGAGUUGAAGCAGAAACAGAUUUUAAUGAUUCUGUAGUUGUGAAAAGAAAAAAGGAAGUUAUAAAUCCACAAGUAGAAAACAAAAGUGUAUCGGAACUUCUAGAUGUUUUGACGGAGAUAAAAGAUUGUAAAGAUUCCUGUAUGUUUGAACUGAAUUUCCAUCCAUGUCCCUGGUGUUCUGGAAAAUUAAUCACAGUAUAAAGGAUACAUUAUGUACAUACCUUAUAUUUUUAGUAUAGAAUAUUGACAUAAAAUUUUUAAUUAGCAACGAUUGUAGUACAUAAUUGUAUAUAAGAUAAAAUCUAUAAAAAUUGAAAUUUGUAAAUGAUCGAUGUGAAAAAAGAAGGUUUUCGUCAAGAACAAUUGCACUUUUUUAUAAUUGUAUAAAAAAAAAGGAUCAUUUAAGCCUAAAAUAUUAUUUAAAAAAUGAAGUUAUAUGAAAUAUUUUAAAAUAACUAUUUUUUUCGUACUUGUUUCUUUACUGCUUAUCUUAAUAGAAAAUAUAUUUCUCUAUAAAAAAAAAUUACUUCUAUUUUAAAUAUAUUAAAUAACAAAAGUAGUUAAUAUUCAAAAAUAUUUUAUUUAACGUGUUUAAAAAAUUGAUCUUUUGUCAUUGUUAAUUUUUUAUAAAGUAUAUAUUCAGAAUUCUAUUAUCUUAAGAUUAUACCUGAAUAAUUUUCAGUGAUUAUCUUUUUAUUUUGUUUUAAUAUAAAAACAUUUAUUCAAAAUAAUAAUUAUUUUAAAAAAUAAUAUAAAAAUGUUCUAAAAUUCAGCUUAUGCUUUUAAUCUUUUUAGACAUUGUGAAUCUUCUUCAAUUACACUUCCUUUUUUUGUGCAAUCUUCAAUGAUAAAAGCAGCUUUUCCUCUAUGUCUUCUUUCUGCUCGUAACAAAAGUCUUUUACAUUGAUGUAAUAUUGAAGCUUUUGCUUGAACUUCGUUCAAACCCAAUAAACAUGCCAAAUUUAUAAGAUCAUAAGGAUUUCGUAUUGUUUUAAUGUCAUUUGAACCACUGGAUAAUAUUACAUUCUUACUUUUCCCAUAUGUAUGAAAUAGAUGAGAAUAGUGAAUAGUCGUUUUUCUAAAUUCGAUAUUUAAUAGAUCUAUAUACUGUAUUUCAAAAUGAAUUCCUCUUUCAAUUGCUUGAUCGUACAAUUUCUUAUUAAGUUUAAAUGACACUGAAUUUGGUCUUAGAGUAAUUAUAUCUGCAUUCAAUUGAGUACAUGCGAAUUGUAAAGCAUUUUGUGUCUUUGGGACAAAAGCAUAUAAAUCAUAUUUUUUCAAACUAGAACAAUGAUUCAGUAUAUGUGUCUUUGCAAAAUCAGCGCAAAAAAAGGUAAUUCGAUUUAAUAUUUUCAAUUUUCCAUCAAAUUCUUUUCUUACGUUGUCUAUGUCCACUAUUUCUGGUAGAUCACUAUCACCAUUUUUCUUUCUUUUUUUUUUACCUGUAGAUGAAAAUGUUCCAAAAACAUUUUCAUCCACAUUGGUGUUUAUGGCUAUUGUUUUAAAACCGUAUUCGUAUAAUCUAUGUAAAAUGGGAUAUAAAUUUUGUACUUCAUUUGGAGAUACAUUGACGCACAAAUCAUAGAAACCUGAAGUUUUUCUAAUAUUCAUUUUCACAAAAUCACAAAAUCACCAACUCUCCAUGAAAAAAGAACAGAUUGAAGAUACAUGUGAUCAAAAUGGACUUCUAAUCAGAAGAAUUGGUUCGGCGCUCGUGCGAAUCACUAAUUGGCACCAAGGGGCCAUUCGAAUAGGUCCAUCGUUUUCGGCUGGGAGUAUUUGUUAGUUAGAUAAAACAUAUUUGUUAGUUAAAUAUUCACAUAAUUUAAAUAAAACAGGAUACAAUUUUGUAUUUCAUUUUGAGAUACGUUGACACACAAAUCCUGUACUUUUUCCGAUAUCCAUUUUCACAAAAUAUUAAAUUUAUAUAUGUAGGCGAUGGAUUGGCGACCACGGCCAAUCCAUCCAGUCUUUCUCCUUAAUAUACCACCAGUUACGAACACCACCAAGUAGCUGCCGUUGACUUACGAGUCAAUAUCGAUCACGAGGUUGAGCAUGCAGGUGCGGAGCAUUUCUAGGAUAGGUAGGAGGUGACCAUUAUCCAGUCCUUGUCCAGCCUAGUAAGGUACCUAACUAUAAACAAAACAAGCGUCUGAGAUAGAAGUCGCCACCAUCAGCUUCACUGAGAAUGAGUUUAGCUGGUGACUCCGAAACGAAAAACUUCCUUUAUUAAUCAUUAUCCUGCCUUAUGCGAUCCCAAAACCGUUACAUUUCCAUAGCGCACUAAGUCCUGGCAUUUUCAUUAAAAUAGCCAGAGGUCUCUCUUGGGAUGUGAGAUAUAUAAAUAUUUUCUCUUUCUCAAUAAUUAUGUCUUUAUCUAUUUAUAAUACUUAGUUCAAG